GGUGAACAACGAUUUUGAAGAUGCUCCGUACCGGUGCCAGCCGGCUUAUCGGACGACAAAUGCACAGCAGUGCAGGUAGUUCCAGUAGAAAGUCAUCUAUGAUAAGAGUACUUGGCAGUGCAGCUUUCGUUGGCGGUGCUACGGGCGCAAUAGCGUACCAUUGGCUCUACGGGAAUAAAGUUCAAAUGGCAGCCAGCGUCCGUGGUACGACCGCAAAGCUGGCAAGUGUUUCGCAUUAUAUGGCUGAACCGAUCACCAGUCGGCAGGAGUUGGAUGCGAACCGGAACGAUAUGAAGUGCCGAAUGGAAGAGCUGGUAAUGAGGAUACAGUACGACUUUUGCCGUUCACUGGAAGCGGAGGAAAACUUUGGCAAGCAGUUUCUGGUCGAUCGCUGGGAGCGAAAGGAAGGCGGCGGUGGAAUUACCUGUGUCCUGCAGGAUGGCGAUGUGUUCGAAAAGGCCGGUGUAAACAUAUCGGUGGUGCAUGGAAACCUACCGAAAGGUGCCAUUCAGCAGAUGCGUUCUCGCGGCAAGCAGCUGGCCGAGGGUGAGCUGCCCUUUUUCGCCGUGGGCGUAAGCGCCGUAAUCCAUCCACGCAAUCCCAUGGUUCCGACGAUUCACUUCAACUAUCGCUACUUUGAGGUAACGGACUCGGCCGGUCAGAAGCAGUGGUGGUUUGGCGGUGGUACCGAUCUCACGCCGUACUAUCUGAAUGAGUCGGACGCGGAACACUUUCACCGCACGCUGAAAGAAGCGUGUGAUCCGCACGAUCCGACGUACUAUCCGCGGUUUAAGGAGUGGUGCGACAAGUAUUUCUUCAUACCGCACCGUAACGAGAGUCGCGGUGUCGGAGGCAUUUUCUUCGACGAUCUGGACGGGCCCGAUGCCGAGCGGGCGUUUGAUUUCGUUUCUUCCUGUGCACAUUCCGUAGUGCCAUCGUAUCUACCAUUGGUUCGGCAACACAAAAAUGACCCGUACGGUGACCGCCAUCGGCAGUGGCAACUGUUGCGCCGUGGUCGUUACGUUGAGUUUAAUCUCAUAUAUGAUCGCGGUACAAAGUUUGGUCUGUACACGCCAGGUGCAAGAUACGAAAGCAUCCUAAUGUCCCUGCCACUGAAUGCGAGAUGGGAGUACAUGAAUAUCCCUACCGAAGGGACAGAAGAGGCGGCCAUCAUCGAGGUUCUUAAGAAGCCCAAAAAUUGGCUUAAAUUGUAAUUAUGUCCAAGCAAUCAUUCACAAACGGAUGCGAAAAAAG